AUGUUCCACCAACUCGGUCUCAUUUUGUUGGCCAUUGUUAUCUUCCAUUGCAAUGCUACGGUGGCGGUAGCUGACACUGCUCCUGAGAAUGUGCAACUUGAAGUGAUCGAUUCCUACACUGUGCGCAUGAGGUGGGAUCCGCCGCCACGUCCAGGAGGGCGCAUUAUUAACUACCAUAUCUUUUGGCGCCUCAACAACAGUUGGCAACAGACAAUUAUUGUUCCGCCAGUCACCAAUUACACGUUUGAAAGGUUGAAACCUCAACAAACAAUCGCAGCCCAAAUUAGUGCAUAUACGAAAUCAGGCGAUGGAGAUGAGCACACAACUCUGCAUUCACCCAGUGCCGAAGUCAAGCAAAUUAUCACUACCGUCCGUUCAACUCGGUCCUACACCUUCAAUAACUUGAAGCCAGGAACAACCGUUAGAGCUCGUGUCAGUGCGCACAGUCGUCCAGAUGGCAGAGGUGAACGCGACUUCUUCAGUCCCCUCAGCAGCGAAGCAGAAGUGAUCACACCACUCGUCAAAGGCACUCAAAUGCUGUGCUACUACGAGCAGUGCAACCGAGAGGGGCAACUGAUUGACAAUGCUGACAUCGUCUUCGUACCCGUAGACUUUGCGACUGUCAUUGCCAUCAUUGGCUGCAAUGUGUGGAUGCAUCAUCGUAGAGUGACAGCAAAGUAA